AUGCUUCUUUCACGACGGAGUCACUCCGCAAAGUUGCCUUGGGCUUUCCUGGGACAUCAAAACGAGCGUGGCAUCGUAAGCUUCUCAAGCGAUGGUACUUUGGUCGCUUCACUAUCCUCGACAUCACAAGUGGUCAAGGUCUGGAGCACGGAGUCAUACAAAUGUCGCCACACGCUGCAUUUUAAGACACCGAUUGUCCAUGACCAACUGGCUCUCAAUAAGGACUGGCUCGUAGUUGGUCUUAACAACUAUCGGACUCCCGUCCAUGACAUGAAAACAGGGGCCGUUUCCAAGACUGUCUGCAGCAACUUUAAGGCUGGACCUGUUAUUUCAGACGACGGAACCUUACUCGCGAGCCAUUCGCUGGAAGGAGCCGUCAGGAUAUGGGAUCUCACAUCAAUGGCUUCGACAGACAGCAUGACCAUCGAACAAUCCAUGGGGGUAGAACUAGUGACCCCUUUUACGGAUGAUAAAACCAUACUCUCUCAUAGCAGGGGAAAGGUCGAGAUCUGGGAUAUGCAGAGUGCAGUCUGCAAAGAAUCAUUAGAACCCGAAGUUCCCUCGGAGACCCAGAUAUUCGUAGCAGCUGCGACUGGUGCACCGGUAUUCGCCAUAUUGAAAGACACCGUGGUUGAGAUCUGGGACACCAACCCCCUCCGUCAUGCCAGCACCUUCCAGCGAACGUUCAGUUGUCUUGGAGAGCGUUACUACUGCCUGGCCAUUUCUGCCAAUGGUGAACGACUGGCUGUUGGAUCUUCAAAGCCGGGUACAGUUGAGAUCUGGGAUGUGAAAAAUGCAGUUCUACAGCAUACACUGAACGUUCGAUUGGCAGACUUUCCUUGUAUCGCUUUUUCACCAGACGCUGCUAAAAUUGCAUACACUCUUUGGGGAGCCCUCAAGAUUCGCUCUCUCCCCAGACUCGAAACACUGACUAUUAAAACAAACAGAAAGUCAUUCAUACGCACUCUGACCUUUCGGGGCAAGCGAAUCAUAGGAGUAUAA